AUGGAUAAUUUUAUUAAUGAUACAUAUUUAUUUUUGGAAGGGCAUGUGGAGCUGGAGAAAUAUAGAUACCUUUACUUUUUAAUUUGUCUCGUAGUUCUUUUAUUGAUACUUUGUUGUAAUGUUGUUGUGCUUUCUAUCAUUUACACAAACAAACCUCUCCAUGAGCCGAUGUACAUAUUCAUUGCUGCUUUACUUUGCAAUUCUCUCUUUGGAACAGCUGCCUUUUAUCCUAAAUUACUGAGUGAUUUACUGUCUGACAAACAAGUUAUCACUCAUAGAGCCUGUCUGUUUCAGGCCUUUUGCAUUUAUACAUAUUUUUCAUCAGAGUUUGCCCUGUUAGCAGCUAUGGCCUAUGACAGAUAUGUGUCCAUAUGUAAACCAUUACAAUAUGCAAAUCUUGUAAAAAUGUCCACUGUUAAAAAGCUCUUAUUUUUCUGUUGGUUUGUACCUUCCUGUGAAAUUGGCAUAUCAAUAAUACUAACAUACCGACAGCUGUGUAAAUUUAAAUUAAACAGAAUAUACUGUAAUAACUAUGCAAUUGCUAAAUUAAGUUGUGGAGAUUUAACUGUUGUGAAUUCAUACGGGCUGUUUGCUUUAAGCAUUGUUGUAUUUCCUCCAGUGAUGUUCAUAAUCUACUCAUAUGUUAGAAUACUUGAAGUUUGUUUAAAGAACUCAAAAGAUUUCAGAAGAAAAGCUCUGCAGACCUGCUUCCCUCAUCUUUUCAUUUUCACUUGCUUCUCUGUUACCGGAUGUUUUGAAGUGAUUAACAGUAGAUUUGAAGGAAAUGUACCUCAUUUAUUUGCCAUGAUAAUGUCAGCUGAAAAUUUGGUUGUUCCUCCUCUACUAAAUCCUAUUAUAUAUGGGCUGAAACUGCAGGAGAUUUGGAAUAGGAUUAAGAGAAUAACUGGGAAGAGAAAGACACAUGAUUUUGCAGAAUGA